AACUUCAGUAGUGUAUAUAUAUAUAUAUAUAAACACAAGUCCUAAGACGAACUAGUUGCUCCAAUUUUUCUUUCAAAACAUACAAAGACAAAACAUGUCCAAUCCUUCCUCUCAUAUCCCUGUACGGUCACGGAGCUCGUACAUAAGUCUUCCAUUUUUCGGCAGGAUCAAGCGGUUCUUGCGAUCCAAAGCGGCUCGAAAACUAUACGAAUCGAAGGUCCAAUUCGAUAAACCAAGAUUUGAAGUUGUGAGUAGCAGAGUAGAGGCCGAAAUGGAAGAUGAUUCGGUUUUAUUACAAAGAUCGGUGAAGAGGCUUCACUUUGGCAGUUGUGAAGAGAAAGAGAGGGCGGCUAUGGAAAUCGAGAGGCUCGCGAGAGAUGACGUCAAGACGAGAAAGUUGAUGGCGGAGCUCGGCGUUAUUCCGGUGCUCGUGUCCAUGGCGGCGUCGGGAAAAGUUAAUCGGCGAAGAGUGGCCGUUAAGGCCUUGAUUGAGCUUGCUAAUGGAACAUACACGAACAAGGCUUUAAUAGUGGAGGCAGGGCUGUUGUCAAAACUACCAAGAAAUGUUGAUGUUCUUGACAAUUCAACACAGCAGGAUUUUGCAGAACUCUUGUCAUCUUUAUCAUCUCUAGCCAACACCCAAUUCGCGCUGAACACGCCGGAAAUUCUCCCAUUUGUGAUGAACAUUCUUGAGUCAGACUCAAGAAUUGAAACCAAGGAGCCAUGUUUGGGGGUUCUGUACAAUCUCUCUGCAGUGCUAGAAAAUGCAGGGUCAUUGGUCUCUAAUGGGGUUGUGCACACUCUGCUAAGACUAUCCUCUGUUAAGGACUUAUCAGAGAAAGCACUUGCAACAUUAGGCCACUUAGUGGUGACAUUAAUGGGAAAAAAGGCAAUGGAGGAUAGCGAAUUGGUGCCAGAGAGUUUGAUAGAGAUACUGACAUGGGAGGACAAACCCAAAUGCCAGGAAUUAUCAGCUUACAUUCUGAUGAUCUUGGCACACCAGAGUUCAGUUCAGCGCGAUAAAAUGGCGAAAUCUGGGAUCGUACCUGUACUCAUUGAAGUGUCAUUGUUAGGGAGUGCUUUAACACAAAAGAGAGCAAUGAAAUUGUUACAGUGGUUCAAGGAUGAGAGGCAAGUGAAAAUGGGACCUCAUUCAGGGCCACAGACUGCAGGGAGGGUUGUAAUUGGUUCCCCUGUUAAUGACAGAGUGGGUCAAGAAGGGAGAAAAUUGAUGAAGAAUUUGGUGAAACAAAGUUUGUAUAAGAACAUGGAAAUGAUCACAAGAAGAGCUAGUGCUGCUGGAGAGUGUUCUAAGGUUAAGGCCUUGGUGAUUAGCACAAGUUCUAAGAGCUUGCCUUAUUGAUUGAAGUUCUUAAACACACCAUUGAUUUUUUAGGUUUUCUGUUUGGAAUUGAAUUCUUUUUUUCCUUUUUCUUUUUCUAA